UGAAGAUCCACCCUAACAGCAGAGUCUCCAGCCCCCAAAGCCCAGUCAAAUAAGCGAGUGGUGGACAUUAGCGGCCCUAGAGCUGUUUGUCCAUCUUUGAUUCUGAUGGCUUGGCUCCGCCUUCCUACCUGUAAAUCUGCCCAGCAGUGUGUGGGCUAACUGAACUGAUCUGAGCUGAGAGAGAGACACACAGUGAGAGAGAGAGAGAGAGAGAGAGGGGGACUGAGGGACUGACUGAGGGAAGAGGACACGGACAGACACGCUCACCAGAUCAGCUGUCACCGAGCGCCAACCCUCACUGAGCGGCUUUAUCUCACACCAACCGCCGACGAGCAGCACGGGAGGACGGAGACCCCCUUUUCCAGCUAAAGCACAGCGCGUUUAGGAGCGAUUAUUAAGUUUGGCGCCGAGGAGAGAAAAACAUCGACCUGUCACUGUAGCGAGUGUGAAUGGAAGGCUGUGAUCUGGGAGCCUGAGGAGCAGAACCGUCUCGGAAAAUCAGUCCACCGAGCUCAGCGCGCGACCGGAGAGCGAGAUGCGCACGGAGGCUUAAGCGCGCUCUCAUUCUGAAGAUUUUGGGACAAAAAAACAAGAGAAAAAACCGUCAAAAUGAAAACGUAAGUCGCAGUUCUCGCGGAUUUAAAUGUCUCUCGCGGAGGCGCGCAGCCUCGCUCCUUCUCUCCCGUUUCCGACCAAUUUUGGCUAAAAAAAAAAAGAAAAAUAAUAUCUCUACAUAUCGUUGAGGUUGAGGAGAAUCGGCUAGAGAGCGAGCGCUGAAGGAGAAGGGCUAGUUGAAGCAAUAUGGCUGAUGGCCGGGGUUGGGGGCGCUGGCAGCAGCUCUCCAGAGCUUCUUCAUGCUAGCUGUGGCAGAUGGCAACGUUUCCUAUGGCAGCAGCGGCUCUAGAAUGAGUAAUAAUAUCAACUACAACAAAAACCCGGACUCCUCUGUCUCUAUAUCCAAGAUGGACGUGAUCAUCCCGUUUUCACCAGACGUACCGUGUGACAACAAUGGUCAGCGCAUGUGGUGGGCUUUCCUCGCGUCCUCCAUGGUGACGUUCUUCGGGGGUCUCUUCAUCAUCCUCCUGUGGAGGACCCUCAAGUACCUGUGGACCGUCUGCUGCCACUGUAACAUCAAAAAUAAGGAGGCACAGAAGGUGAAUAGCGGUCAGUCAGACGGGCCAGUGAAGGGCCAGGAUGAGAAGGACGAUGCUCCAGCCAGUGAGGUGGGCUGGAUGACCUCAGUCAAGGACUGGGCCGGGGUGAUGAUCUCAGCGCAAACUCUGACGGGCAGAGUACUGGUGGUGUUAGUCUUUGCGCUCAGUAUUGGAGCUCUUGGAAUAUACUUCAUAGACUCGUCUGAUCCUAUAGAAUCCUGUCAGAAUUUCUACAAAGACUUCACGUUACAAAUUGACAUGGCAUUCAACGUGUUCUUCUUACUCUACUUUGGGCUACGUUUCAUCGCAGCCAAUGAUAAGCUCUGGUUCUGGCUGGAGGUGAACUCCGUGGUGGACUUCUUCACUGUGCCGCCAGUGUUUGUAUCAGUGUAUCUGAACAGGAGCUGGCUGGGUCUGAGAUUUCUAAGAGCCUUGAGAUUGAUACAGUUCUCAGAAAUAUUACAGUUUUUGAAUAUCUUAAAAACAAGUAAUUCCAUCAAGCUGGUGAACCUGUGUUCCAUCUUCAUAAGCACAUGGCUCACAGCUGCAGGAUUCAUUCAUCUGGUGGAAAACUCAGGGGAUCCUUGGGAAAACUUCCAAAAUUCUCAACCGCUUUCAUAUUGGGAAUGUGUGUACUUACUCAUGGUCACUAUGUCCACGGUGGGCUACGGAGACGUCUGUGCAAAAACCACUCUCGGCCGCCUUUUCAUGGUCUUCUUCAUUCUCGGCGGUCUGGCCAUGUUUGCCAGCUACGUCCCUGAAAUCAUAGAGUUAAUAGGAAACCGCAAGAAAUAUGGUGGUUCCUAUAGUGCGGUUAAUGGCAGAAAGCAUAUUGUGGUCUGUGGUCAUAUCACGCUCGAAAGUGUUUCCAACUUCCUUAAAGACUUCCUACACAAGGACAGGGAUGAUGUCAAUGUAGAAAUUGUUUUUCUCCAUAAUAUUUCCCCUAAUCUUGAGCUGGAAGCCUUGUUCAAACGUCACUUCACUCAGGUGGAAUUCUACCAAGGAUCUGUUCUUAACCCUCAUGAUCUGGCUAGGGUCAAGAUUGAGUCAGCAGACGCGUGCUUGAUUCUUGCAAACAAAUACUGUGCCGACCCUGAUGCUGAAGAUGCCUCCAAUAUAAUGAGAGUCAUAUCCAUUAAGAAUUACCAUCCAAAGAUAAGAAUAAUCACUCAAAUGUUGCAGUACCACAACAAGGCCCAUCUGCUAAACAUUCCCAGCUGGAACUGGAAGGAGGGUGAUGAUGCGAUCUGCCUGGCUGAGCUGAAGGCAGGCUUCAUUGCCCAGAGCUGCCUGGCACAGGGCCUGUCCACCAUGCUGGCCAAUCUCUUCUCCAUGAGGUCAUUCAUCAAGAUUGAAGAAGACACGUGGCAGAAGUAUUAUCUGGAGGGCGUGGCCAAUGAAAUGUACACUGAGUACUUGUCCAGUGCCUUUGUUGGGCUUUCCUUUCCUGCAGUUUGUGAGCUGUGUUAUGUGAAGCUCAAAUUGUUGCUGAUCGCUAUUGAGUACAAGUCAGAGCAGAGGGAAAGCAGUAUUUUGAUCAACCCCGGGAACCAUGUUAAGAUGCAGGAAGGAACCUUGGGCUUCUUUAUUGCCAGUGACGCCAAAGAGGUCAAAAGAGCGUUUUUCUACUGCAAAGCUUGUCACGAUGACAUCACAGAUCCCAAAAGGAUCAAAAAAUGUGGCUGCAAGAGACCCAAAUAUAAGUAUAACGGAUAUGUCAGAUCACUAAAGGAGGAAGUUAAACCUACUUUUCAAAAUCGCACAAUUAAAGUGGCCAACAGCAUGGCUGUCCCGAACGCGCUGCCCAAUGCUGUGGGUAGCAGCCUGCAGCCUGUGGUGGAGCGUUCUGUGGUGGCCUCUGUGCCUCUCGUUAAUAACCGUAAAGGAAGCCUCCUCCCUCCGGUCCCACCCUCGCGCCGACGCCUCAGCCUGGCUGGCCUGAACCGGGCCCGCAGCCUGCCGGGGAAAUACCGCUACCACCCCAGCUCCUCCACACUGUCCUCCACGCACUCCCCCACGCCCUUCGAAGAUGAGCAUCCAUCAACGCUGUCACCCAAAAAGAAGCAGCGCAACGGAGGCAUGCGAAAUUCACCCAACUGCUCGCCCAAAAUGAUGAGACAUGACCCUCUUCUUAUUCCGGGAAAUGAGCAGAUUGAGAAUAUGGACGUUAAUGUGAAGAGAUAUGACUCCACAGGAAUGUUUCACUGGUGUCCACCCAAAGACAUAGAGAAGGUCAUUCUGACGAGGAGUGAGGCCUCCAUGACGGUUCUGAGCGGACACGUAGUGGUCUGUAUAUUCGGAGACGUCACGUCUGCUCUGGUUGGCCUGCGAAAUUUAGUGAUGCCUUUAAGAGCAAGUAACUUCCAUUACCACGAGCUGAAGCACAUUGUGUUUGUGGGCUCGCUGGAUUAUCUGAGGAGAGAGUGGGAAAGCCUUCACAACUUCCCUAAAGUCUCCAUCUUACCCGGGACGCCAUUAAGUCGAGCUGAUUUAAGGGCUGUCAACAUCAACCUCUGCGACAUGUGCGUUAUCCUGUCAGCCAAUCAGAACAAUAUCGACGAUGCUUCACUGCAGGACAAGGAAUGCAUCUUGGCAUCGCUCAACAUCAAAUCUAUGCAGUUUGAUGACAGCAUUGGGGUCUUGCAGGCUAAUUCCCAAGGUUUCACACCCCCUGGCAUGGACAGGUCAUCUCCAGACAACAGUCCAGUGCAUGGCUUGGUUCGCCAGGCGUCCGUCACCACUGGCUCCAACAUCCCAAUCAUUACUGAACUAGUGAAUGACUCAAAUGUUCAGUUCCUGGACCAAGAUGAUGAUGAUGACCCAGACACAGAGCUAUAUCUGACCCAGCCCUUUGCCUGUGGGACUGCCUUUGCUGUCAGUGUGUUGGACUCACUUAUGAGUGCGACAUACUUCAACGAUAAUAUCCUCACGCUGAUCCGGACACUGGUCACGGGAGGCGCCACGCCGGAGCUGGAGGCGCUGCUGGCGGAGGAGAACGCGCUGCGCGGAGGCUACAGCACACCGCAGACGCUGGCUAACAGGGACAGGUGUCGGGUGGCCCAGCUGGCCCUGUACGACGGGCCCUUUGCAGACUUAGGGGAUGGUGGUUGCUAUGGGGACUUGUUUUGUAAAGCACUGAAAACGUACAACAUGCUGUGCUUUGGGAUCUAUAGAUUAAGAGAUGCGCACCUAAGUACACCAAGCCAGUGCACGAAAAGAUACGUCAUCACCAACCCACCCUAUGAGUUUGAGUUGGUCCCCACAGACCUGAUCUUCUGCCUGAUGCAGUUUGACCACAAUGCAGGCCAGUCCCGAGCCAGCCACUCCUCUCAUUCCUCGCACUCAUCCAGCAAGAAGAGCUCCUCGGUCCACUCCAUUCCGGCCACCAACCGGCAGAACCGCAGCAGCAAAGCCCGUGAGGCCCGAGACAAACACAAUGCAACAAGGAUGAAUAGAAUGGGCCAAGAAAAGAAAUGGUUUACAGAUGAACCGGAAAAUGCCUACCCAAGGAACAUUCAAAUCAAGCCGAUGAGCACUCACAUGGCCAAUCAAGUCAAUCAGUACAAAUCCACUACCAGCCUGAUUCCACCUAUCAGAGAAGUCGAAGAUGAAUGCUGAAUCCCUGGCCUUUGAUGACGUGGAGGGAGUCGGAACAUCGUGUCGUGAAAAAAUUAGUGAUGAUGAUGAUGAUGAUGAAGAUAACGAGAUGGCUACAAUGGUGACGAUUCACUGUAACUUCCCUUGCAGCACAGCUCAAGGGACUUGUCGCGAUCAUGGAAACUGGAAGGGACCUCUUAUGUGUAUACCUUUAAUGUUACUUCCAUGCUUUUGGAAACAUUUAAUUUAUAAAUGUAUACAUAGUGAUGUACAUAAUGACAAUCAAGUAAGGAUUGUACAGCCCCCUAGCACUUUUUGAAAUUAUGUUUAAAAAAAAAAAAAGUACUUCCUGUAAUUCUUUGCAAUAUCUCAUGUCUGUCGUGACCUGACUCUGUGCAGAAGGGUUUGUGUUAUGGAGGAUGAGGGUCACAGUCACUCAUCUCAUCCUGACAUUACCCAAAGAAACUCAUCUGAAGCGUCAAAUAAGCCCCACACAUUGAGUUACAGUACACACCCUCAUCUGCUUCUUUUUGCACUAAACCUGAUCAAGUUAUUGCGGAAUAACUUGAAAAACAAACGAAAAAAAAGUCUGGGUUGCUCACUGGGUCAUGGAAAGAGUGUCUCUGUGUCUGAUUCACUGCGUGGCAGGACUGUGUAGCAGGAAUGGGAAAUGAAUGUGGCGAGUGUCAGGGUGUGCGUGGACCUCAGUCCUGCAUGGAGCACGCUAGGGGCAUUCAUUCAACCGAGUACAUGUUGCAUCGCACAAACCUGGACAUCUAGAGAGGGGAAAAGUGGUUUCAUUUCCAUCCAUACACAUCGUCCAGGCCAUCAUAUAUAUGGGAAUGUAUUUGCCAUAGUUCUAUAAUAAUGCAAAAGGUUGUCCCCAACGUAGCCCUACAAAAUUGGCAAUACAUUAUGAGGAUAUGCACUACUUUUGUUGACGUCUUUCCAUCAUGCUUGACUACUCGUUUGCUGUGGUUGGAAAAAAAAAAUGGUGUGAUCAAAGCUCAUGAUGUGGUCGUUUGGAUGAGGCACAAGAAACAAAUGCUUUGUUUGUGCCUGCGGAUCUGUUAUCAAUAUAAAAUGAAUGAAUUACACACUGCACUCACCUGCUGAUAAUCCUACUAUGAUUGAGCUUUCAGAUCAUAUUUAACGUUCUCUCUCACUGGAACUGAAGCUGGCGUGAAGAUAGCAUCGCUUUAAGCAUAGAUACGCGUACGGUUUAAUAUGCCACAUAUUGCGAAAAGUGGGCAUCCAUGGUUCCUCCUUCUGAGUGUAGCCACUGCCUGACACAUUGUUGGCACAGAGGCAGAGAUGUGCUUGGAUGUUCUCUGUGACCAACCGUGAUGCCUUAAAAGAAACGCAAGAGAUAAAGAGACAGAUGCAAAAGCCAAGCUCAAUCAUAGUUGUCAAUUAUCAUCAAAUCUUGAAAAUCCUUUGUGUUGCUUUUGGUAAUAGACUGGAUAGAAUGAACUACACUUAACAAGACUGGAACACGCUUGUGUAGCCUUUAUGUUAAGUGGGAAGUAUACAAAUACUAAGCAGAACUUUGGAACGUUGCUUCGGAAGUUCUGCCAGAUUUAUACAUACUGUACGUACAUACUUAUUUUUUAUCCAUAUGAGCGUAAUCAUUUUGUACUUAUUUUUAUACAUAUCAAAGAACUUUAUUUCUAAAAUUAUCUUAAAUGCAUCUUACCAAGACUACAGUGCACACCAAUUCAGUUUGUCUGUUUUUACCCUUGGGAACAGAACAUAUCACAUUGCUUUAAAAAUAAAAAAGAGAGAGAACGUAAUAGAUGUUAUAGGAGACAACCUGAGUCAAAAAGGUACAACCUCAGCUCUCCAUUCGGUUUCCUUAGAGUGUGCUUCGAAACUCAAUACAUGGGCUGCUUUGAAGGACCUUUGUACCUGUAUCAAUUAAAAAUGUGUACUAUGUUUCAUUUUCAUUGGCUGAGAUUAAAAUAUACAACUCAUGCAGCGCUUAGAUGUAAACAAUAGUUGAACUCGGAGUUAAAAGCGAUGGUGAUAAAUCAGCUGAAAUUGACUUAAAAGGUGCAUGAGAUGGCUAACUGCUAAUGGUUUGCACCUACUCUUUCUUUUCUGAGGGUAGAAUUGAUAAUGCUUUCAUUGAUAUUGACCUAAAUUAGGUCUCAGGAUAAAGAGGAACAUGAAGUAUUUUCAUGUGCAUUCACUCAAAACUGUGUUUCAGAAGGCACACUGAGAAGAUCUUCAGGCAUCCUCAAUCAGCAGAGAGCUAAUAGCCAUACGAUUGUAGACAUAAGAAGAAAAAGACGUUGCUACAAUCCCAUCUACUGAGGAAAAAACGCAUAGUGUCAAAGUAUGUUGUGUAAAUUCUGCCCAUUAUAGGCCACGUUUUAUUUUCCGAAGAAAAAGGAUCUCAGCUUUAAUGUUUGUCUACUGGAUGUAGUAUGAUCCUACUGCAGCCAACUAGGCUUUGUCCUGAAGUGAUUUUUUGAAUUGUGAAUACAUUGAUGUUACACUUUGUAGCAAGUAGAUUUAUUUAAAAAAAAAGAAUUGUGAGUAAAAUGUAUGUAAAAUUGGAUUGUCAAUAACAUACUUGCUAGCCUGAAAAAGGAAUUCUGACCUAAAAUGAAUCAGUAUACAUUGGAGUUAAAAGUCAAUUUUAAUUUUUUUUCUUCAUAGGUGACUCGUCUAUGUAAGAUCCUUUUCCUGUAAUGAAACUCCUGCAGUACAUUACAAAGAAGAGCAGAAAUACAGUGAAAGCAGGUUUCGUUUGAAGAAAGACGGACUUGGAGGCUAGCCUAAAUUUCAUACUGUAUUUUUUUAAAACAGAAUUUUAUGUGAAUUCUUUUACGUCAGAGUUUACAUUCCAUUUUGUCAGCUUUUAAGAGUUUAUGUUACAGUUUAUGCUACAGUCCUUGUUUGUUUGAUACUGUCACAAUCACUGACUUGUUUACAGAUUUAUCUUUUCUUUUCUUUAUCAGACUUCUCAGAUAGCAAGCCUGAAAAUAAAACACGAAGCAGGAUUAUUCAUUAAAAACAAGCAAUCAAAACACAUCUGGAAUGUCGGCUUUCGGUCAGUACGUUUUGAUUUCACCCCUAAAAUCUGUCCCCAAAGUGAUGAACAAUGGUUGUCCUUCAGCUUGACUUUCUUCUCCAGUGCAAGAAAACAGCAGGUGAUCUUUUUGUAUCGAGCAUGAGGUGAAAAGGUAUCCUCAGCAUAUCAGACUGUUUCAAGUGCCAUGACGGUGCCUCUCGAGCAGCAUCAUUCAGUCAUGUGUUAAAAAUGUGAAGAUGGAUUUAGAGUACAGUGGCAUCUAACGCUGGCAUGGGGAACAUCCAAGCCAUCCACGCCUCCAUGCCAGUGCAGUGCCAGGCAGUGCAGUCAGACAAAGGAGGAACGAUUGAAGCCCCACUAAAGCGAAAAGUGGCAUCCAAGUGGCCAAGUGGCUCACAUAUGCAUAACCCAGCUGUACAACGUAUAUCAUGAAUGGUUUUAAAGGAAAUCGCCAUAAAUUAUUAACAUAGUGAGACAUAACACUGACUGAAAGAUGCAGGAGAGGCACCAAAUGAGUUUUCAGUUAUAAACACCUGUUCAUUUGUUCAGGACUGUUUGUUCAAGUGCAAACUUACUAAUGUUUAUCAUGCACCAGUCACAGUUCGCAGAUUUCUGGCAAUUUUACAGUACUGUGAAGAUUGGGGUGUUACUAAAAAUUAGGAAUUGUAUAGAAUAAACUGCUUUGAGGGAAUUAAGUCUUAACAAGCUGAAAUUGCAUUGGGAUGUUUUUUUUUUUCAUUUCAAUAAACAAUGUAGGACAUUGACUUAUAUCUUUAAUUACUAGCAUAUUCAUUACAGGAAAACGGAGUUACUCAUAGAAGACUUAAUUGUUUGAGCUGUUUAAGCUAAUGGAUAACUGGAGAAAUUGAUGGUGCUGAGUUGAUCUACCUGACUCUGUCAAAUAUAACCUGCUGAUAAAUAUACUGUCUUGUACAAAAAGUUUGUACAUAAAUUGUACAUGUUUCUUUUUGUAUUUUCUCAAAUUAAAAUGGAUGUAUUUGUGUUCUAAA